AUGGCAUCCACGGAGAGCCCUACCGGCCCCCACCUGCUGAAGGCAUCUGCCAACACCUGCAGCGUUCUGACCCACGUCCUGAGUCAGCUCCAGGACAUUGACCCCAGCCGGCUCUCUUUCUCGCCGUUCCUUGACCUGGACACCCAGAUCUCCCUGGCGCCUGUCUCUGACAGCCCCGAGUCAUCGGUGGAGGAGCUGCGUUCCACUGAAGAGGAGGAGGAGGAGGAGGAGGACAGAGAGUGGACACUGCCCAGCCGACCUGUUGAAGUAUUCCCACAAUGCAUGGGAUCAGGCGACGGGGCUCCUGCUCUGCAUUCUGUCACACAGGAGGCAGCAGCUUUGCUUGAAACGACAGGCAGUUCCGCAGGAGAACGAGCCGCUGUGUUACAAGAGGGCGACAACACGGUAUCCAUCAGAAUGCCCCAAGAGACGUCCUUUCUGGGUGCCGCGCAGCCUCCACCGAGAUGUCUCCUUCGUGCCCCUGAGCCAGCUGCAGAUUUAGGCCAAAGCAACACCCAUGAACUGAUUCAUCAGUCAAAUCCUCCCCUCGAGGAGGGAGGCACCAACCCAAUCUCAGGGGACCCUGCCCUUUGCCCCCGUGAUGGGGACAGCCGAUGCUGCCGGUCCUGCUCCAGCGAUCAUAUGAAAGCGGUGGCGUCAGCCUUCGUGUCCCUUCUGCUUGCCCCGUGGUUCCUCUACGGAUGCUACUAUUUCCUUCCCUUCCAGGACCCCACUUGUCCGGAUCUCGCCAGCCGCAUCGCCUUUGCCCUGCACUACCUCCUGAUCGCUGGGCUUCCUAUCCUGCUUGGCAUGGCGUUGAGGGGCAUCUCUGCCCUGUGCUCGGACGGCCUUGGCCCUCUGGACGCUCACUCUCGGUCUGUCCAGCUCCACCAGUUGUUUGUCUUCGGCUCCGUGGACCAGUUUAUUGUCUUCGGCUUGAACUUGGUGGUUUCGGCUACAUUCCUCCCGCAAGAGCAUCUGCGCCUUGUCCCGAUUCUCGUGGGCCUCUUCUCCAUCGGAAGAUGCUGCUAUUGGGCCUCCGUGCACCUCUGCGGCGCGUACCGCGGCUUCGGCUUCGGCCUGUCCUUCUUCCUGACGCUGGCCCUCACCGCCUACAACCUCUUCUGCCUCUACCAGCUGGGGUUCGGCUUCCUUUCUGCGCCCACAUUGCCGGCAGGUGAUGUUUGUGCCACGCCCACGCCGAUGCUAGAACUGACCAUCGCCGAGAGAUGAGCGAGAAAUCGACUCCGGGAAAAGGAACUCUCUCAAAAAGGAGGAAGGAAAGAGAAAGACAAAGAGGGGGUAAAAGCUUCAUCCCACGUACCUGUUUCCCUCGAAUUAUCCCCAUAGCAUAAAGCUGUCAUUGUUGUUGUUGCUAGCUAAAUCGCACCCCGGGCGGCAGCGCGCCUUAGGUCCUUUGCAUACCAGGAAAAGGCUUUAAGGGGGAGAAAUGUAAAAAACCAUUUAAAAAAUCAACAAAUGACCCAAUCCAAUUUAAAGUUGGUAUGCUGAAAGCCCUCCUUAAUAUCUAACACUGUGCCAAUUUUCAUGUCUUUAUCUUUAAAACUUAUGCAGAUGUAAGCAUUUAACUGGUUAGUUUAAACAUAUCAGAUCAU